AUGUCGACUAUGCCACUUACCAACUUGCUCAAGAUAACGAGCAAAGCAGCCUUUGAGAGAGCCACCAAACAUCCCUUCCUAGAGGCUGCUGGAAAAGGAGAGCUUCCCAAGGAGAAAUUAUCCCAAUGGCUCGCACAGGACCGUUUAUAUGCACAAGCAUACGUGCGCUUCAUCGGUGCCAUGCUUACCAAAGUGGUGUUACCAAACAAUAAGCAACAUAUGUUUGACAUUCUGGUCGAAGCACUGAACAACAUUCAGCGAGAAUUGGAGUUCUUCGACGAGGUGGCAAUGGAAUACGGUCUAGAUAUCACUGCACUGUCUAAUCAACAGAGCGAGAAUCAACAUUCGGGAGCAAGCUAUUUUCGGCCUUCCUUUAUUACUCGAGCAUAUAUCGAUUUAUUCAUGUCAGUGUCUAGCCCCGGAGUGAGCUUAGUGGAAGGAAUGGCCGUACUGUAUGCGACGGAGUACGUCUAUCUACAUGCGUGGAAGCACGCUGCAGGAAUCAUGUCGCACACUGCAGCAAGUUGCGAAACCCUAGCGUCUCCAGCUUCAUUUUCGACCGGUGCGGAACGGGAUUUGGAUGGGGGUGCAUUACGUCGAAAAUUCAUUCCCAACUGGUCAAGCCCCGAGUUUGAGAAAUUUGUGAAUAGGAUUGGGGAAGUGGUGGAUGAGUUGGCUGCAUGUAUAAAGGGGGCGGAUGUUAUUGAGACGAAUAGGAAUCAGUGUAUUGGAUGGUGGAGACAAAUCCUUUGGCUGGAGGAGCAGUUCUGGCCUGAUGUUAAUGAACAUUGA